AUGGCUGGUCGCUGUUCUCCCCUUCGCGGGUGUUUGGUUGGUGAAGAGGCUCAAUCAGAAGAGUCCCGUACCCGCUGUUAUUGGCUCGGGGGCUGGAUCGAUUCGCUGAAGGCUGCUCACUACUUCGAGGAGCAGCCAAUGGAGGUUAUCCAGACUGGCUACGACGAGCUCAAGGACGGCGUUUUCCGGAUCCCGCAAAUUCUCUCGUUUGAUGAGGGAUCGGGGAUACUGCUACAGGCGAUCCAGAUCAAAUACACCAUGGGUACCGAGCUGAUUAAAAACUCGUUCCACACCAUCGCCGUUCGGACGAGUUUGACCCGCAACUUGGGAAAGGUUUUCCCGGAGGUCAGGGACGAAAUCGAGUGCGCAAUGGACGAUGUCUUUGCGCUGCAUGACGACGAUUGGAAGCUCGUCCCGGUUAUACCCGCUAUGAUGAAGGUCGUUUCUCGAACCAGCAAUCGCCUCUUUGUGGGAUUGCCAUUGUGCCGAAACGAAACGCUUGUCGCGCCUUUCAUUGUGACCAGAAUGAAACGUUUGCGGGAGAUGCUGGGAUUCGUGGGCUCCAUAAUCGAAGAGCGCAUUGCCAAGGAAGAUGCGCUCGGUCCCAACUACGAAGGCAAACCGAAUGACUUGAUUUCCUGGCUGCUGGAAUCUGCCGGUCCUGAGGGAAGACACCCUGAGCCAUUGCUGCUCGCAUUCUUGCCCUUAAUAUGGCUGCUAUUCACACCAGUUCGAUGGUGCGCUUGCGCUCACCCACGCUCUGUUCGAUAUCACUUCGCGCCGGGAUACCUUGAACCGAUGCGUGAAGAGGCUGAGAACGUGAUCAGGGCGGAAGGCUGGACCAAAUCGGCUCUCAACAGCAUGCACAAGAUCGACAGUUUCAUCAGAGAGACCCAGCGCAUGCAGGGGAACGGACCUGUGGCGAUGAGCCGUAAAGUCAUUCAUCCCGAUGGUUUCACUUUCUCCGACGGUAUCAAAAUCCCUUACGGCUCACUCAUCUUUGUCCCUGGCAAAACCGUUCACUACGAUCCGACUAUUCACAAGGACCCGGAAGUCUUCAAUGGUUCCGUUACUCCGAUCUUCGGGAGGCUAAGGCCGACAAUCACAGCGUCGAGGAAGGGAUAUUCAACAGCCACAUGGCACGCCUGCCCCGGCCGGUUCUUCGCUGCUACCGAGAUCAAGGCCAUGUUGGCCCACAUCCUCAUCAACUACGAUAUCAAAGCCGAGGUGCCUGGUGUUCGCCCUGCCAAUGACGACCAUGGAAUGAUUUCGGCGCCGAAUGGGUCCGCGGGGAUCUUUAUUCGCAAACGCCAGUUGUGA